AUGGUAACUUACCUUGUUGAAAAAGGAGCACAGGUAAAUAUACAAAAUAAAAGUGGGGACACUCCUCUUCACUAUGCUGCAGAACACCAGUCACUGGAAGUGGUAACUUACCUUGUUGAAAAAGGAGCACAGGUAAAUAUACAAACUAAAAGUGGGGACACUCCUCUUCACUAUGCUGCAAAACUUAUAAUAUUUCCUGAAAAACACCGGUCACUGGAAGUGGUAACUUACCUUGUUGAACAAGGAGCACAGGUAAAUAUACAAAAUGAAAGUGGGGACACUCCUCUUCACUCUGCUGCAAAACACCAGUCACUGGAAGUGGUAACUUACCUUGUUGAAAAAGGAGCACAGGUAAAUAUACAAAAUGAAAGUGGGGACACUCCUCUUCACUAUGCUGCACAACAUACGGGUUACUGGAAAUUGGUAACUUACCUUGUUGAAAAAGGAGCACAGGUAAAUAUACAAAAUAAAAGUGGGGACACUCCUCUUCACUAUGCUGCAAAACACAAGUCACUGGAAGUGGUAACUUACCUUGUUGAAAAAGGAGCACAGGUAAAUAUACAAAAUAAAAGUGGGGACACUCCUCUUCACCAUGCUGCAGUUCUCUGUUCAAUGAGAAUAUUAAAUUACAUGGUUGAAAAUGGAGCGGUAGUUGAUUGUGAAAACAAUAAAAAGUGCACACCAUUGAUUUUAGCAUGCGCGUGUACAAAGACUGAUAAUGUGAUUUGUUUACUGGAAAAAGGUGCAGACCCUAAUCUUGGAAAUAUCACAGCAAUGCACGCAGCGGCAGCAUCUCACUCGACAGAUGUCCUACAGGUUCUUCUUGACAUAGGUUCAGAUGUGAAUAUUCUUACUGAGUCUGGCAAUAGUCCACUCCAUAUGCAGUGCGAUGGGGUUUGA